CGUCGAAUGUGUAAUCAAAACAAAGAACUUUCCUGCAUCUCUUUCCUGGCAUUCGCAUGCAAGUAUUGGUGCUGACGUUUUACGAGACCAUGACAGCGAGACAGACAGACGCAGUCGAGAUUUUCAAGAGGAACUACAUCGUACGUCUCUCGAAUCGAUAAUCAUUAUACAUCAAGUUGCAGCUGAGAAUUCAAACAAAGAGCCCAACAAUGAAGAGAUAUCUGCUAGUGCUGGCAGCUCUGGCACUGAUCGCCGUCAGUCAAGCUGCCCAUGGAAAAGGCCAGCGCAUCCAUCCGCUGUCGCAGAAGUUCAUCGACCAGAUCAACAACAAAGCGACCACCUGGAAGGCAGGCCCGAACUUCUCGCCGGAAACCUCGAUGAGCUUCAUCCGCGGCCUGAUGGGAGUACACAAGGACGCGGACAAGUUCAUGCCUCCGGUGAUGCUGCACGACUUGGAGAAAGACGACGAGCUUCCGGAGAGCUUCGACUCGCGCGAGCAGUGGCCCAACUGUCCGACCAUCGGCGAGAUCCGCGAUCAGGGAUCGUGCGGAUCGUGCUGGGCCUUCGGAGCCGUCGAAGCCAUGUCCGAUCGUAUCUGUAUCCACUCGGAGGGCAAGGUGCACUUCCGUGUUUCCGCUGAAGACCUGGUAUCGUGCUGCCAUACGUGCGGUUUCGGAUGCAACGGUGGAUUCCCGGGAGCGGCCUGGAGCUACUGGGUACGAAAGGGCCUGGUCAGUGGUGGACCUUAUGGCUCGGAUCAAGGUUGCCAACCGUACGCCAUUGAACCGUGUGAACAUCACGUCAAUGGCAGUCGUCCAUCGUGCGAAGGAGAAGGCGGCAAGACCCCGAAGUGUGUCAAGAAGUGUCAGGCCAGCUACAACGUUCCAUACGCUAAGGACAAGCGGUACGGAAAAUCAUCCUACUCGAUCGCCAACCACGAGAAACAGAUCCAGAAGGAGAUCAUGACCAACGGACCGGUUGAGGGUGCGUUCACGGUUUACGAGGACUUGCUGAACUACAAGGAGGGUGUCUACCAGCAUGUGCAUGGCAAGAUGCUUGGUGGACAUGCUAUCCGUAUUCUCGGCUGGGGCGUUGAUAACGGAACCAAGUACUGGCUGAUUGCGAACUCAUGGAACAGCGACUGGGGAGAUAAUGGAUACUUCAAGAUUCUGCGCGGAGAGGAUCAUCUGGGUAUUGAGAGCUCCAUUGCCGCUGGAUUGCCAAAAAUUUAAAGCGUGGGAGAUAUUUGAGUACCACAGGUAUAUUUAAAAGACUUUAUAGGCGUUAUAUCAUUCCAAUAGGAGAAAAAGAAGAAGAAAGAGCUACGACUAAGAGAAGACAGGAGAUGACUUUCCUAGUAAAUGUACCGAGGCUAGUUUUUAGCGGUAAUGUGGAGUUUUGCUGGCUAAUAAAAUUUAAAAUAGAUAGUAA